CGUGUGUAACUGUCAAUCGAUAAUAUUGAAUGCUACAUUGAAAUGAUAAGAAUCUUUGCGAAUACAUAUUCAACUACGACUGUUACAUCUAUAUUCUAUGUUAUUUAUGGUAUAUUGUCAUCAAAUUCAUAUUAUCAGAUAUUAUUCUAUAUAAUGUAUGGUUUCCAUGUGUUUGGUCAAAGUUUAAGAGCAUAGAGGUUAAAGUUUCUUCGCUAUAUGACGCGUAUCUCUAUAGAAUGUAUGGUUUAUAACGUAAUACAUAAGUUAUCAUUUUAAUUCUGUAUGUUUCAAAUUCUAAUACCCCUUAUUGAAAGCUCCUGAUUUUUUCAUAAAUAUAUACAAAUAUAUGAAAUCAUGAGAGAAGAAACAUUAAAAGGUUGGCAUCUUAUAUGGUGGUUAUUUACGUUACUUGGAUUUCCAAUUACUAUCCCAUGGUUGAUAUAUCAUUUCUUUGAUAUAAUGCAACGAAAAAGAAGAAAAAGUAUGUUAAGUGGGAAGGUUGUGAUAAUAACUGGAGCCAGUUCUGGAUUAGGAGAGGCAUUAGCGCAUGUUUUCUAUGACUGUGGCUGUAAACUUAUUUUAAUUUCUAGGAGAAAGGAGGAAUUGCAAAGAGUGAAAAAUGACUUAUUGAAUAUUCAUGUCACGAUACCAACUCAUCCUCCAGUAAUUGUACCAUUAGAUCUAACUAAUAUCAAUUCUCUACAAACUGAAGUUUCAAAAAUGAUAGAUAUCCAUGGAAAGAUUGAUAUUUUGAUUAACAAUGCUGGCAUUUCUUAUAGAGGUGAAGUUGUUAAUACAAAUAUGGAUGUAGAUAUAAAAGUAAUGCUUACAAAUUACUUUGCUCAAAUUGCUUUGACAAAAGCUGUCCUCCCAUAUAUGAUUCAGCAGAAGUCAGGUCACAUAAUAUGUGUUAGUAGCAUACAGGGAAAAAUUUCGAUACCAUACAGGUCUGCAUAUGCAGCUUCUAAAUAUGCAUUGCAAGCCUGGUGCGAUUGUUGUAGAGCAGAAAUGUAUGACCAAAAUAUAAAAGUUACAACUGUUAGUCCUGGUUAUGUAAAAACUUCUCUUUCACAGAAUGCAUUAACAGGAAAUGGGCAAAUUUAUGGAGUAAUGGAUAAAAACACACAAGAGGGAUAUUCUCCAGAAUAUGUAGCAGAUUGUAUUUUAAAAGCAGUAUUGAAAGGAGAAAAAGAUGUACUUAUUGCACCAUUUAUUCCAAAAUUUGCAGUAUAUUUACGCACUUUAUGUCCAUCAUUGUAUUUCUGGAUAAUGCAAAAACGAGCUAAGAAGGGAAAAGAAUCAUAAUACUUAAUAUAUGAUUAUAAUAAAGGGGCAAUUAUUUGUUUCUUGUUAUUUAUAAAAACA